AUGAAUGAAUCCAGCAGUCCGGAAGUCUGCUCCCCAUCAAUGCCCUAUGAGGACAGCAGGAUACUGCUGGUUGUGUGCUACAGUAUUGUUUUUGCUUUAGGCUUGCCAGCAAAUUGCUUUACUACAUGGCUAACAUUUGUACAAAUCCGAAGGAAGAAUGUUCUUGCCAUCUACCUUUUUGGCUUAUCGCUGUGCGAGCUGAUGUACUUGAGUACCCUGCCCCUCUGGGCUAUCUAUGUACAAAACCAACACAGCUGGGAGAUGGGAUCAAUGGCUUGCAAGCUAACAGGAUAUAUCUUUUUCUGCAACAUAUAUAUCAGCAUUCUGCUCUUGUGUUGCAUUUCUAUUGAUCGCUACGUAGCAGUGGUGUAUGCUUUGGAAUCCAAGGGAGCAAGGCAUCAGAGAACUGCAAUCUUCAUCACAUUCUUUCUCUUUUCUGCAGUUUUAGUAAUCCACUGCCCAGUAUUUAUUUUACAGGAUGGUGAGCAGACGUCAAACCGUACAACCUGCUUUGAGACUUUACCACUCAACUUACAAUUGGCUUAUUUCAACCUUGCCAGGUUCCUAAUUGGAUUUGCCAUUCCUUGCACAAUCCUCAUUUUCACAAACUACAGAAUUUUCCAAAGUACCGAAAUAAGCAGCAGCUUGGACAAACGCCAAAAAGCCAAAGUGAAGUACUUGGCUAUGGCCAUCAUCACCAUUUUUCUGAUCUGCUUUGCUCCCUACCAUUUGGUGCUCCUGAUAAGAUCCAUACACUUUCUUUUGCAUCAGAAGGACUCAUGUUCAUUUGAACAGCACAUAUAUUCUACUUCUGCAGCAUUUCUGUGUUUAUCCACUGCUAACAGCGUUGCUGAUCCAAUCAUCUACGUAUUGGCUAGUGAACAUGUUAGAAAAGAUUUCUUCAAGAGUCUGACAAAACGGAGAUAUCAGUCAUCCAUCAAUACCAGCCUCAAGUUGAAAAAUUCAAAAGAAUCACAGGAAGCAGCACAGACAUCGGAAAAUUUAAAUUUUACCACACUUUCAAAGGAACAGUAG